GGAGGAGGGAGGAGGAAGCAGAUGUUGGCCGCGGCGGCGCUUGCCGCCAAGGCGGGAGAGCCGCAAUUCUUGAAAGCGGGCUCACGGCGCAGUCCACGCCCAGGCGCGCGCUGCCGCGCUGCCCCCCGCCGCGCGCUGCAGCUGCUCGCUCCAGCUGCGCGGGUUGGUGGGGGCAGCGGGCCGGGCAGAGUUUCCUGUCGGAGCUGGCGGCGGCCGACCGCGCCCUGCGCGCCAAGACGGCCGACCCCCUCUGCGCACAUUUCUUGGCAUCGCUCGGACGUGUGCAUUUUUUUCUCGGC